CAUUCCUUGGCUCCAAUGUACUACCGCGGCUCAGCAGCAGCUGUGAUAGUUUAUGAUAUCACCAAACAGGAUUCAUUUCAUACUUUGAAGAAAUGGGUGAAAGAAUUAAAAGAACAUGGUCCUGAAAACAUUGUAAUGGCCAUCGCUGGAAACAAAUGUGAUCUUUCUGAUAUCAGGGAGGUUCCUAUGAAGGAUGCCAAAGAAUAUGCAGAAUCUAUAGGUGCAAUUGUUGUUGAAACCAGUGCAAAGAAUGCUGUUAACAUUGAAGAACUUUUUCAAGGAAUAAGUCGGCAAAUUCCACCCUUAGAUCCUCAUGAAAACGGUAACAAUGGAGCAAUCAAACUUGGAAAGCAAACUUCACAGAUGGGUAGGCGGUGCUGCUGACCCAACAUGAUCUUUUUAGGUUUACUUGAAAAACAGCACCAUUUGCUUUUUUCAAUGAGAAAAGACUUCUUUGUCUCAGUGACGUGGCUCCUUAUCUUGAAAGCAGUAAUUUCAAUACUUCCCAUGAGCAAUAAUGGAAGGACCAGAAGCAGAAAGCUUUACUUCAAAGGGAUUUUGCAAAACCUAGUUGGAAAAUCCUCUCUAGUAUCCUGUCAAAA